UUGAGGCAGUAGGGAGUUUCUGCUGGGGUCUGGAUUGGAGUUACACACAGACCGGACCCGACCGUGUAUGAGUGGCGUUUGAGAAACACAAAAGGACCCCCCCUGUCGCAAAGAAUCUACAUGUCUAAUAUUUAGACAUGUUCAGCUUUGUGGAUAUUCGGUUAGCGCUUUUGCUCAGCGCUGCGGUGCUUUUGGUGAGAGGUCAAGGCGAGGAUGACAGCACAUUUGGCAGCUGCACACUAGACGGACAAUUGUACAACGACAAGGAUGUGUGGAAACCGGAGCCGUGCCAGAUCUGCGUGUGCGACAGUGGCACUGUCAUGUGCGACGAGGUCAUCUGCGAGGACUCUUCCGACUGCGCCGACCCCAUCAUCCCAGACGGGGAGUGCUGUCCCAUCUGCCCCGAAGACGGACCCCAGAUUCCCGAAGAGCCAAUAAAGGGAGAUGUUGGCCCCAAAGGAGACAAAGGUCCCAUGGGUCCUCCUGGCAACGAUGGAAUCCCCGGACAGCCUGGCUUUCCUGGACCACCCGGCCCCCCUGGCCCCCCUGGCCUUGGCGGAAACUACUCUCCUCAAAUGAGCUAUGUGGACCAUUCCAAGUCUGGGCCAUCCCAAAACCUGCCCGGUCCCAUGGGCCCAAUGGGUCCCCGUGGUGCUCCCGGACCCCCUGGCGCCGCUGGUCCUCAGGGUUUCACCGGCCCACACGGAGAGCCUGGUGAGCCCGGAGCUUCUGGUCCCAUGGGUCCCCGUGGUCCCGCUGGCCCCCUUGGAAAGAACGGAGAUGAUGGUGAGGCUGGCAAAGCCGGACGCCCCGGCGAACGUGGAGCCCCUGGCCUGCAGGGUACCCGUGGAUUCCCCGGAACCCCCGGACUCCCCGGCAUCAAGGGACACAGAGGUUUCAGCGGCUUGGAUGGAGCUAAGGGAGACGGCGGACCUGCCGGACCCAAGGGAGAGUCUGGCGGAUCUGGAGAGAACGGUGUCCCCGGAGCCAUGGGUGCUCGCGGUCUUCCUGGUGAGAGAGGCCGUCCCGGACCUGCUGGCCCCGCUGGUGCUCGCGGCAACGAUGGCAACUCUGGCCCUGGCGGACCCCCUGGAUCUACUGGACCUGCUGGACCCCCUGGAUUCCCUGGUGGUGCUGGAGUGAAGGGAGAGACUGGUGUUCAAGGAGGCCGUGGUUCCGAUGGACCCCAGGGAGCCCGUGGUGAGCCUGGUAACCCAGGACCCCAGGGAGCUGCCGGACCUGCCGGUGCCCCAGGAUCUGAUGGUCAUCCCGGUGCCAAGGGUGCCGUUGGUCCCGCUGGUAUUGCUGGUGCUCCCGGUUUCCCCGGUGCCCGUGGACCUGCUGGAGGUGUGGGCCCCGUCGGUGCCGUUGGUCCCAAGGGUAACAAUGGUGACCCAGGUCCCUCUGGUCCUAAGGGAGAGCACGGUGUCAAGGGAGAGACUGGCCCCGCUGGAGUUCAGGGACUUCCUGGCAACUCCGGUGAGGAGGGCAAGAGAGGAGCCCGUGGAGAGCCCGGUGUUGGUGGACCCCGUGGACCUGCUGGAGAGCGUGGCGGUCCUGGUGCUCGUGGUUUCCCUGGAUCUGAUGGAGCUGCUGGUGGAAAAGGAGCCCCUGGUGAGCGCGGUGCCCCCGGCCCAUUGGGACCUCAGGGAGCCACCGGUGAGACCGGAAAUACUGGCGCUCCCGGUGCCCCUGGAUCCAAGGGUAUGACUGGUAGCCCUGGAAGCUCUGGCGCUGAUGGCAAAGCUGGACCCUCUGGUCCUACUGGACAAGAUGGACGCCCCGGACCUGCUGGCUCCACUGGAGCCAGAGGACAGCCAGGAGUUAUGGGAUUCCCCGGACCCAAGGGAGUUGCUGGUGAGAACGGCAAGGGUGGAGAGAAAGGUCCCGCUGGCGCUGGUGGCCCCGUUGGUGCCCCUGGCAAAGAUGGUGACCUUGGUGCUCCUGGACCUUCCGGCCCCGGUGGACCUGCUGGAGAGAAGGGAGAGCAGGGUCCUGCUGGAUCCAGCGGAUUCCAGGGUCUUCCCGGACCCCAAGGUGCUACUGGUGAGACUGGCAAGCCCGGUGAGCAGGGUGUUGCCGGCGAGGUUGGACCUGCCGGGCCAUCCGGAUCUAGAGGCGACAGAGGUUUCCCUGGUGAGCGUGGUGCUCCUGGUGUCGCUGGCCCAACCGGACCCCGUGGUUCUAAUGGCCCCUCUGGUAACGAUGGACCUAAGGGAGAGCCUGGUGCCGGUGGUGCCAACGGUGCCGCAGGAAGCCCCGGUAUGCAGGGAAUGCCCGGCGAGCGUGGAGCUUCAGGUCUGUCUGGCGUCAAGGGAGAGAGAGGUGAUGGCGGUGUUAAGGGAGGCGAUGGUGCCCUAGGCAAAGAUGGCGUCCGUGGUAUGUCUGGUGCUAUUGGAUCCCCCGGACCUCCUGGUUCUCAGGGUGAGAAGGGUGAGCCUGGCCCCGUCGGAGCUGUUGGACCCACCGGCGCCCGUGGUUCCCCUGGUGAGCGUGGAGAGGGUGGCCCUAAUGGACCUGCUGGAUUUGCCGGACCUCCUGGUGCUGAUGGGCAGCCUGGUGCCAAGGGAGAGAGUGGUGAUGCUGGACCCAAGGGAGAGGGUGGUGCACCUGGACCCGGCGGACCUGUUGGAGCUGCUGGACCUCAGGGACCUUCUGGACCCGCUGGAGCCAAGGGUGCCCGUGGUGGUGCUGGAGCCCCUGGUGGUACUGGUCAUCCUGGACCUGCUGGAAGAGUUGGACCCGCUGGACCCUCUGGAGCUGCUGGACCCGCCGGACCUGGUGGACCCGUUGGCAAAGAUGGCCCAAGAGGCGCUCGUGGUGAGACCGGUGCCGCCGGUCGCCCCGGUGAGCCUGGUGCUAUGGGACUUGCCGGAGUUUCCGGUGAGAGAGGAUCUCCUGGUUCCGAUGGAGCCCCUGGUGCCUCCGGUCUGCCCGGACCCCAAGGUAUUGGUGGACAGCGUGGUAUUGUAGGUCUCCCUGGACUGCGUGGAGAGCGUGGUUUCGGUGGUCUGCCUGGUCCUGCUGGUGAGCCUGGAAAGCAGGGACCCGGUGGACCUGUUGGCGAGCGUGGAGCCCCCGGACCCGCUGGACCUCCUGGACUGUCUGGUGCUCACGGAGAGGCCGGUCGCGAGGGAUCUCAGGGACACGAUGGUGCACCCGGUCGCGAUGGAGCCGCUGGCGCCAAGGGAAACCGUGGUGAGAGUGGUAUUGCUGGACCCCCAGGACCUUCUGGUGGCCCCGGUGCUCCCGGUGCUGUUGGCCCAUCUGGCAAGAGUGGCGAUCGUGGAGAGUCUGGUCCCGCUGGUCCCGCUGGUCCUUCUGGUGCCGCUGGCGCCCGUGGUCCUGCUGGUCCUGCUGGAGCUCAGGGAGACAGAGGAGAGGCCGGUGAGGCCGGAGAGAGAGGACACAAGGGACACAGAGGAUUCACCGGCAUGAGUGGUCUGCCUGGACCUCAUGGAGUUUCUGGAGAGAGAGGACCCGCUGGAGUCUCUGGACCCUCUGGACCAAGAGGACCUGCUGGAUCUAACGGCAACCCCGGAAAGGAUGGCAUGAACGGUAUCCCCGGACCCAUCGGACCCCCUGGACCUCGUGGCCGCGCCGGAGAGCUCGGAACUGCUGGACCUCCUGGACCCCCCGGCCCUGCCGGACCCCCCGGUGCCCCCGGCGGUGGAUUCGACUUCAUCAGCAGUCCCAUUCAGGAGAAAGCCCCCGAUCCCUUCCGUGGCGGCUACUACCGCGCCGACGACCCCAACGUGCUGCGCGAUCGCGACAUGGAGGUGGACUCCACUCUGGAGUCUCUGACCAGCAGGAUCGAGAAGCUCCGCAGCCCCGACGGCACCCAGAAGAGCCCCGCCCGCAUGUGCCGCGACCUCAGGAUGUGCCACCCCGAGUGGAAGAGCGGCGCCUACUGGGUGGACCCCAACCAGGGAUCCUCUCUGGAUGCCAUCAAGGUCCACUGCAACAUGGAGACCGGCGAGACCUGCAUCCACCCCAGCCAGUCCACCAUCCCCAUGAAGAACUGGUACCGCAGCAAGAACCCCAGAGAGAAGAAGCACGUCUGGUUCAGCGAGUCCAUGACCGGUGGAUUCCAGUUCCAGUAUGGCAGCGACGGAGCUGACGCCGAGGAUGUCAGCAUCCAGAUGACCUUCAUGCGUCUGAUGGCCAACCAGGCCUCCCAGAACGUCACGUACCACUGCAAGAACAGCAUCGCCUACAUGGACUCGGCCUCCGGCAACCUCAAGAAGGCCCUGCUCCUCCAGGGCUCCAACGACGUGGAGAUCAGAGCCGAGGGCAACAGCCGCUUCACAUACAGCGUCAACGAGGACGGCUGCACGUCACACACUGGCUCCUGGGGCAAGACAGUCAUCGACUACAAGACAUCGAAAACAUCCCGCCUGCCAAUCAUUGACAUUGCUCCUAUGGAUGUUGGUGCCCCUGAUCAGGAAUUUGGCGUCGAAGUUGGCCCAGUUUGCUUCUUGUAAAAAAAACAACAGAAAAAAAGGAAGAAGAAAUAUGGACAUGACAUUGUUGGUUUUUUUUCUCGCAGUCAUCUCUUAAAUCCUCUUUUCUAUGCAUUCAAAAAUCAUUCGGCCGCCAUUUGGUCCCCACGCUUUUUUUUUUUUUUUUAAACCACUCAAGACAUUUCGGGACCUUCUACUCCUCAAGGACACUUUAAAAAAAGCAAAGAAACGAGAGAAAAAAAAAGUCGGUUCCCCACGGCAACAAGAACAUAUUUGUGUAAAAUGUCCCCCCCCCCCCCUUUUUUUGGAGUUUGAGAGAGAAAAAAAACAAAAACGCAAUGAGACGCGUUUUCGCUCGCUGCGGAAGGACUUUAAGAAACAACAAAUGAUAUGUACCAUUUUUCUGGUGUUAAAUAAAUUGUAAAAAGUGUGACGUGUGUCUCCUUGUUGUGAAAUAAGACCGACGGGACGCACAUCUUCAUAAAGAUGGCGACCUCAUAACAAGAAGUCACCGCCAAAUUUUGUUUUUUUCUUUUCUCAAAAGGAAAAAGGGUCGCAUUUUACACAACAACAACAUGUCAAGGUGCUAAAAAGCAACUCAACGAGGUCCGGUGCUACUAAAUUGACUCUUGUUGUCGUUUGUAACGCAUGUCAUUGUAGACACUUUCCCGUUGUUUUCACUCUUCUUUCUUUCUUUCUUUUUUGCCGCUGUGGAAAAUUCAUCUUCACUAAAAAAAAAAAGUAAGCACACUUCCCCCCCGUCCUGUUGUUUAUGUUUGUUGUUGUCUUUUUUUGCGGAAAAAACACCCAUCAACCGGAAGCGGACCCACUUUCACGGUUGAAAAAGAGAGUUUGUGUACUUAUGUUGUACAUGUAUAAUAAAUCAAGAUGUUUUUAAUUAUUUUUAUUUUUUUUUCUGGGUGCUGAAAUAAAAGCAUGUGAAGUGGUUCUACUA